GGGCUGACAUGACAUACAAGGCGGAAACUGGAUUCGUCGACAUUGAGGAACAAAAGACAAAAGCACCACUUCAUGGAUGGUGUCAAUAGGUGUACGACACAGGGAAGAAGCUCACAGAGGCCGACUGCUGUUAGGGUCUAGAAGAUGAAUUACUGAAAUCUGCCCCUCCCUCGAAGUGUACCAUCAGCGCUAUAUAUAUACCUGAGCUGCUCCUUUGUUGCUUGGUCCUCCUCCUAUCGCCCCUUAUGCUAUCCCCUAUCCGGGUAGAGCCUGACAGAUGGCCCAGCGGCCCAAAGCCACAGGAAGCUGGGAACUUAUUCCAGAUUGCAUUCGAUGAAAGUCUGUCUGGUUUUGGCAUGUAUCUUUACACACAAGUCCUGGGAUUGACACGCGAAGCUGUCGAUGCGUUGAUCUCAGAGAUGCGUAAGGAGUCCCGGAAGAAGUCCAACUGCCAUUCGUACGAAGUACAAUUGUAUACGGAAAAAAGCCACAAGCCAACUAGACCUCAUGUCGGGUUACGCGUUGAUCGGGACUGCGUCUGGUGUGUAACCCAUAUAUUCAGGGGCUUGGAGAGCGGUCAAAAUCCCAGGAUUCGGGCUUGGGACAGAGAGCCACCUUUGCGGCCGAUGUUUGGCGUAGUGCCCAGGGAAGGUCUGCGAACAGGUUUUCCAGGUGGAAAAGGAAUCUUGAAGCUAGCUUAACAAGCAGGUUACCUUCCUGGUCCCAUUUUCAUUUCAAUGAACUCUGACUCAAACUGUGUGAUGAAUGCCAAGAAUGACUGAUAUUUGUCGGUUGUCGUCGGCUCAACUAUCGACGGAGUAACCCGAAUACCACAUACCCAAGUGGUUGAAUCUACAUAUUUGGAGACCGACAUAGUUACAAGACAGC